UGGCGACAGACACUUGACUUGAGUCGAGUGUCACCUGCAGUCGCCUGCCUACUAUAGAUCAACGGAGAGUGCAAUUACCAGCAAAAAUAGUUUCCAGUCGAGAGGAAUCUCAGAUGAUAAUUGAGCAGAAAACAAAAGCUUUUCCAAAUUUCACCUUGGACUAUUAACCAUACCGUAUGGUGCUACUCUGACAGGGACUCUCGCACUGAAAAUAUAUAUUUACAAUUUCUCACUUUUUUUGAAGCCAUUACUCCACCCAGGUGUUGUCAAAUCACUUAACCAGGAGAGCAGGGAACUAUUUUCCCCGUGCGUAAACUCUGCGUCCGAGCGCGACACUGAUGGCGACCUCCAAGCGAGCCAGACGACGGAGCAACCAUCUUACACACUGCUACCACGAAGGAUACCUGGAGAAGAGAUUAUUCAACAACACGGCAUUUCGGAGACUAUGGACAUGCUUGUGUGGAAACACUCUUUUCUUCUUCAACAACACUAAAGACAACGAUUAUGUUGAGAAACUGGAUCUCAGUGACGUCAUGUCCUUGACAGAUGACUGCACUGGAGACAGAAACCUGGAGGCAGCAGGACUCCUCCUGUACAUGAAGGACAGAGAGAUCCAAAUCACUGCCCCAAGUCUAGAGGCUCGAGAACUAUGGAAAGGUUUCAUCUACUGUGUAGUUGAGCUGUCAGUGCCCAGCUCACUCAACCUGCUUCCUGGCCAGAUCCACAUGAUGAGGGAGACAGUGGAGACAGAGAGGGAGAGACGGAACAACCUGUCCCUUACCCUUGCUGCAGCAUCCAGCUCCAACCUCAGUCUCGUAGAGGACAUGCCUGCGUGUUACCAGCCAGUGUCUCGUACCGAGGCAGAGAUUAUGUUGGAGAGACACUCUGACCGUGGGAACCUGCUGCUGCGGCCCAGUAGGGACGGAGUCUCAUUGGCUGUCACCACUCGACAGGACCUCAAUGGGCCUGUAUUCAGACACUAUCGCGUGGCUAGGAAACAUGACGGAGGAUACACAUUCGAUGUAGAGACUCCAAUCCCCUGUGCCACACUGCAUGGUGUCAUCAACUGUCUUGUGGAGAAGACUAAUGGAGCUCUGACACCCUUCAUUAUAGAGGGACCCUACGAAGAGAGCAUCACGUUUGUUCAGGCAAAUGAGGAGAGUGGAGAGAAGAGUCUGCAGUGCGCCCCCAGUACUCCCAUGCCCCCUGUGCCAGUCCCUGCCCUCCCUCCCAAACCAGGUCCAAGAGAGCGUGUGCCAACUCCAGAGUCUGAAUCAGAUAGAGGGGAGAUCCUUUACCGCAAUGACACCCAGGAAGAAAGGGAAGAAGGCACUGCAGUGCAGGCUGCUCACCCCCCUCAGCCUCCUCCCACACCUUUUCGUCUGCCAAAAGCUGAGAGGAAGACCCUGAAUCCACCAUUGAUGCCCCCUGUUCCGACACCUCGUACCUCCCCCAGCACCUCUACAGAUACCCCUGACGCCAGGUUGAGACGCCUCGCUGUAAAUUCUGUCCCACUAGACGUUGUGGCUCGGACCAUAUCUGAGGAGCUGAAACUGAAGUUGGAGAAGAGGUUGGCACAACAACAGUGAUCUCUCCUGGCAGCUAUUCCAUCUGCAGGUGAAGAAACCUACAACACUGGCCUCGCAACAAAUUGGGAACACUCCCUCAACUCCAUACUACUGCCCUAAAGCUUGAUUAAAAUUGGUCCGACUAGAGCCAGUUAAGUACUGUCGCUUAUGUGAAUUACAGUUCAAAGCAUGUCAGAUGGGUGCCGGAUGCCGUUGGGUCAAAUUCUCCCAGAGAAUCUGUCUGUAGUCCCAUUUAUACCUGGUGCUAACAUGCACCCUUUGUCCUGAUCUUGUCCACAUUCUAAAUGUGCCCACAUUUGUAGACUGGUGUAGAUGAUUAAAAGACACAUUGUAGUCAGGCACGCAUUGUGUCUUGAUAUCAAUCAAGUGUAAACAGAUCUGGAUGAUCAAACAAUUGAAAUAAUCAUUAUACCAUCCUCUAGUGUUGUUGACAGUAAGAACCUUUGUCUUAAAAUAAAUACAUUCAUAUUAAUUUGAAAGAAUAUCUGUCAAAUAAUUUGCAUACAGGGAGGCACCAGGUAAUCUGGUCACAUUUAAUACAAUGUGUAAACACGACAAACCUUGUUCAGAUAGUGAUUGGAUCAUAUUGAUCAGAUCAUGAAACUCACAUGUUAGCACAAGGUGUAAACAAAGCUAAUGUCUCUAAUAGACAGACCGACAUGGGCUGUGUUUCCCUCCCGGUCUGGCCGCCACCUACCCUGGGCUGCGUGCCUGGGUUUCUCCCGAGCUCGCUGUCAGCUCAGACUCUCAGAAGAUGAAUGCCUUAUCGAUUCCUUCUUCCUGGACCGUUUCAUCCAAACCACACACUAGCAAAUUAAGACUGUAAAUCGCCAUGUAAAUGUCACAUUAUCCACACCAUGUAUUUAUUUUUUUCUAUAAUCCAAUAGGCCUACAGUAUCAAAUAUUUGUCUAUACCAGUCAGUGUUGUUGGCUCUUGUUAAGUUUUGUCUUCUGAUAUAACACUACAAUCUUUACUGGGAGCAUUAUAUUUGUCUCUCAGUUCUAUGUCAGAAAAGUAAUGAAGCCAUUGUGUCCUGAUUGAAAUAAAAUGAAUCCCAGGGAUUAUA